AUGCAUGUGUUGAAACCCAGCUGUCCCCCGUCACAGCUGACCGACGCGAGACAGGACCUGGCGGCCCUGAAGGACCUGCUCGUCGCCCAGGUGGCAGCCGAACUGCGAAGAUCUUGGCAGGAGCUCCCCGCUCUGAGGAGGACCCUGGUGGACGAGGACGGGCUGGAGGAGGAGCAGGGAGCAGAGAGCAAGAAGAAGAGGAUGUUCGCCCCUCUGUCCGGCCUCCCCGGCGAGCUGCCCACCAUCAAGAGGCAGAUCCGCUACCACCAGUGCUACUUCAACCCCAUCUCUUGUUUCAGGCGGAAGUAAACAAGACGCCAAAACGUGACAUGGUGACGACGCCUCCAGCCUGGCGCCGCCGCCCUUAAUGUAGACGCAGAUAAUGAAGAUGCAUUCAGGACAGCGAUCCUGUUCCCAUUUCAGUCCUUCUCCCCGACCCUUCCCAGCGUCUCCUUCAGCGAGCCUCAACAACCUCCUUGAGACGCCUUCCCGCGGUGGGCGGGAAGGCGAAGCUCCUACAGGCCCCUGCUGGAAGGGCGCGGCAGACCAUGAUCACCUCUUUGUACAGAUGCUAAGCUCUAAUGAUAUUCUCGUCCUAUAAUAAAAUUGCUUUGGUUAUGAUAUAUUUAGGAUAAAGUUGUGCAUUUUUAUACUAAAAAAAUGCACGAUAGAUUGUAACAGUUCUAAUAAAAUUUCUGAGAAGUUUAUAGGAAAUUUGUUGCUCGGAUCA